AUGAGCGUCGCCGUCAUCGUCCUCAGCACGGCCGCGGCCACACACCGGGCGAUCAUCUCGUGCCCGACAGCUUUCGUCAAUCUCUCUGUCUCUUGCGUGCGCGCCGGCGGCGAGUGGCGGGCGAUCGACAGAUUGGCGAACCCUUCUCGAGUCCCCGCCUCCUUCCACUUCACCGACUCCUCGCUGCUCGAGGUCGAAACGGGAGAGCUGGAGCGGGCGAGUCAGGUGGGCACCUGCCAACCCGCCACGGCGGACGGGCACGCAGUGUUCGAACCCGAGGCGUCAAAGAUUGAGGUGGCGAAGGGGCACCACCCGACCAAGCUGACCGAGAUCAUGCCCGUGAACGUGCCCGAGUCGUGGGCCGCUGGGCAGCUCCGAAAGCUGGUCGAGACGGGCCUCGGCUUGGUCGAGACGGGCCUCGUCUGCGCGGGAUCCUUGCUGCUCGGGCGUUCGCGAGUCGCCUCGCUCGGAGUAUCCGUCACACACGUCCGCUUGGCCGCCGCCGCGCUGCUCGUCGGCAGGGUGGCCGCGCAGAAUGCAUGUGGCGAAUGCGUGGCGUGCAAGUGCGUCGCGUGCGUCAAUGAGAUCCCUUCGGGAUGCUAUCCCUACGAUCCUACCGGAGACAUGGGGCCACCGAACGCUGAAGUGUGCAUUGAACAAGCUGGUGGCAUUGAUUGCUCCGUCGUACCCCGGGCUCCGCCGUACCCGCCUUCACCGCCGCCUUCGCCGCUCCUCCCUGGCGGCUACUUCAUCACCGGCCCGUGCUCGCUCACCGACGGCGGCUCGUGCGCCGCGUCGCCAAACUACCCGCUCAGCUACGGCAACAACGAGAUGUGCACCAUCAGCGGCGUGCCGCCGGUUGGGCUGGAGGUGGUCGCCUUUGAUGUGGAGAGUGGCUUCAUCUACGACUAUCUCACCGUCAACGGCGUGAGGCGCGCCCUCAUGCGGCUCGUCUCGUCGAAGCGCGAGCCGAUGCGCGAAGGCAUCACCCUCGCCGAAGGCCAGCAGUGGCACCUCUUCCUCAGCCACGUCUGGAGCACGGGGCAGGACGCCGUCGCUGUCAUCAAGAACGAGCUCCAGCAGUUCCUCCCCGGCUGCGAGAUCUUCCUCGACGUCGACGACCUCAAGAACAUCGGAGAGCUGGAGGCGUACAUUGGUCGCUCGCAGGUGGUGCUCUGCUUCCUCUCGCGGGGCUACUUGCGCUCGACAAACUGCUUGCGAGAGGUCCGCGCAGCGCUGGAGAUGGGCAAGCCGCUCGUGCUCGUCCACGAGGCAGACCCGGCCAAGGGCGGAGGCACGCUCGCCGAGCUGCGGUCCGAGUGCCCCGAGGAGCUUCAGGCCGCCAUCUUUGACGCCGGCUGGCCGAUGGUGGUGUGGCAUCGGAUCGAGGACUUUCAGCACGUCUCGCUCAAGGUCAUCGCCGAGGCGCUGCUGUUGAAGACGCCAAAGUACGCGGGCGAGGACGCGCUGCCCCUGUGCAUCCCGGGCGAGCUACGAGCUGACGGCCUCGCCUUCCCCAAGCCGGUGGUUCUCUGGGCCUCGACUGUGAACGACGGGGCGCGAGAUCUCGCCAAUGCGGUCGUGGCCGCCGUGGCUGGCAGCAUCUCUGUCACCGACGCACCGCCCUCGCGCCUCUCCUCGCUACCUCGCGCGAGCGACAGCGGCGGCGACGAGGCGACGCACAUGCUACUCUACUUGAAGUGGUCGACGUGGGCUGGCGAUGGCGCCGAGGCGCUCGCAGAGCAGGUGCGCGCCGCGCGCGAGGCCAAGCUGCCAAUCGUCAUGGCGCACGAGAACGACGCCGCGCUCGGCGGCUGCAUCUUUGGGCGCUUUUUCGAGGUGACGCCGCGCGACCUGAUUGCCGAUGGGCUGUACGACGACCUCGCCGUCGGCUGCCACGAGGACCCGCACCGCCAGGUGUCGAUCGCCCUCCUCGCACAAGCGCUCGGCGCGACCAAGCAGACGGCUCAGUCACGCGUGCGCCGCGGCACCGCCCUCGCUCGAACGGCGCAGACCCGCGGCUCCUCUUCAAAGACAGAGCUGCAGGAGCAGUCAGUGGGUUUGCAUGGCAUGCCUGGUGAGUUGCCAGCGCUGGGUUGCCGCGACGACUCGGUGGGCGACGAGCUAGUUGCAGAAGGCUGCGAUGAGCCGGGGGCGCAUGCUCAGAUGAGCCAGAUCGUCUGA